AUGCUCGCCGCCACCAUCCUGGCCAUCAUCUCCGGCGCUGCUGCCCUCAACGUCCGCGCCGAGUGCCCUACCUCCUCCGGCUCUGCUUGCGGUGUCGUCCAAGUCCUCGGCAACACCGUCAACUACCCCAAGUGCGACUGCAAGACCUACUGCUCUGGUCCCGUCUCCGUCGCUGGCAUCUCUGCCACUGUCAGCAUCGGCAAAUGUGCUUAA